CACCAAGUGGUGACUUCAGAGAACUGAACUGUUUGGCCAGUGUUGGUUGAUCAUGGCCCUUCGGUGUGUUGCAGGUCUGUUAGGAAUGGUGGCCCACAUGAUGUUUACCACAGCCUUCCAGCUGACUGUAAGUCUGGGCCCAGAGGACUGGAAACCUCAAACAUGGGACUACAGCUGGUCAUACAUUUUGGCGUGGAGUUCCUUCACGGCCUGUAUGGCGUCCUCGGUCACUACCAUCAACCGCUACACCAAAACCAUCCUGGAGUUCAAGCACAAGCGCAGGAACAUUGAGAAGAACCUGAAGAUCAAGCAAAAGCUGUUGAAGCUGGACUCUCUGGAGCAGGUGUGGGACAUGUACAUCAGCUCGAUGCCGAGCACCACCGAGGAGCUGCUGGACCUGUCGUCAAACGGCCGCAAACUCUCCAACGCCUCCAUCUUCCUGGACCUUAAUGACCUUCCUGAUCCACAGGGAGAGGAGUACUGCUAGACCAGCAGGGUGCAGCAUUUUCAAACUUCAGCAUGUCACUGUCAUGUUCAGUGCAAUGCAGUAACUUUACUGUAAACAAACUGAGACCCUGGUUGAUGGUUAGUUAUUCCACCACAAUCCUAAUACCACAUGAUUUGGCUAGCAUACUAGUCAGCAGUUUCAACGUUUAACAGACAGAACAAAGUUAGCAAUAAGUUAAAUUCAUUUCUAGUCCACCUGAUAAAUACAAGUCUGACAUUCGCUUUAACCUGGGUUCAUCCAUUCUGCUUGACAGCAUCAUGAGAACAGAUGAUGUCAAACUGUGCCAAAAGGCCAUUUUGGAGACCUCACCUGAACUAAAACCUCUAAUUUUAAUGUUCUGGCUCACUUCAUCAAAGGUGGUCUUUACAGAUAUAACAUUUAUAAAUUAUAGUAAUGAUGUGAUAGAGGUUUAGAGCUAAAACUUCACAAUUAUGA